AGCGUUCGAAUCGCUCUGUGUGUAAUCGCUCGUGCUCUCCGCCGACUGUUUUGCGGUCGCCGUUUCGUUACAUUAUCAUUUUUCUCGCUGCGAUAACGCGUAUUAUGAUACGGAAACGAUAAGUGUGCUGUUUAUAAUAAACAAGCGUGAAGCGAACACUAAAUGCAGGAUAUGUAGAAUACGAUAGGUCUUAAUUAGUUGAAACCGUUUUUUCCCAAACUAGUGCCGAAAAAACUAACAGUUAUAAGAAGAAUUGGCAAACGGUAAAAUGUUUCAGAUAGUUGCUUCUAUAGCAAAAAAUAAACUUCAGAGAAAUUUUAAAUUACCCAAUAUUACAACAAUUACUUGGUUUCAGCCCAGAAGAUUUUAUGCUAUUAAUAAGUUUUAUAAGACUACAAAUAUAAUUGAAAACAGUGAUUCUUAUGGAGUACUUCUUGACAACAGUAAAUUGAAAACACCUUUAGGCAAAGAACUUGUAAUAAAUAGUAAAGCGCUAGCUCUUGCAGUUGCUGAAGAAUGGGGGAUGCAGAAAGAAAAUAUUCAAUUAGAUCCAAUGCACCUGACAAAGUUAUGUUUUAUGGCAGUAGAUAAUCCCAGUGAUCUUUCAGAACAUGAAGUAGUGCAACAAAUAUUAUCUUACUUAGAGACUGAUACAGUAUUUUUCAUCUCUGAUACAGAUGAAGAACUAGAAAAAAUGUUGACAGAAAAAUGGUUGCCAUUAAUUGACAAAUUUAAUGGAUAUUUUGAAAUUAAUUUAAAACCAUCCAAAGGAAUUUAUGUUAAAAGUUUUGAUGCAAUUACCAAAUCAUUGAUUGAGAAGUACUUAUUAUCACUUGGAUUCCCUGCACUUCAUGGUGUUUUAUAUGCUGUCGAAACUUUGAAAUCCAUAGUAUUAGCUAUAUGUUGCUUACAUCAAGAUAUUUCUGUAAAAGAUGCUGUUCUGUUAUCUAAAAUGGAAGAAGAAUAUCAGUGUAUGAAAUGGGGACGCGUGGAUUGGAUUAAAGAUUAUAUGGACAAUGAUUCUGUAAUCAGAUUGUCAGCUGCUAUGUUAUUUAUUUAUUAUUCACUCAAUCCAAAACAUAAACCAUUAGCUAAAAAGGAUAGUCAUCCUCAAAUACAACAGUCGUUAAAACAAUAAAGCCUGUGCUAAUAAUUUAUUGAAAAAUUAUAAAUACUCUUAGAACAAGUUUUUUGUCUGAUUGUAUAGUAAACAAUUGAGUUAUUUUAAUAAAUAGUAACUUAGUUUUUAGUUAACCUUAUCAUACAACAA